AUGAUUGUGCUUGGUCAAAUGGCCAUUGACAAUGCGAUUGCAUUGGGCAUAUAUCACAUGGGUACCACUUCAGAGACGGAAUUUCCAUCUUAUGGACAGCUCUUCACGCAGUUUAUUACCAGACGGAAUGAAGAGCUCAACAUGAAGUAUAUACAUGAUCUACGCGAUGCAGUGAUGAGACUCAAACAGCGCAGCCAGAGUAUGUACAUGGGUAGUGCCAUGUUCGAAGGUCAACUUCGCAUUGACUUGAUCUAUUUAGUGAUAGAUGAUCUAGUGGAUGAAGCACCAGACAGCAGUACAGCACGGUCUGUAAUUCAAGACUGUGCACUGCUUCUUGAGCAGAGAUUCGCAGGAAAGAACAUGGCGAAGAGCAUACGCUCUGACCCAGUCCUGCUAUCGUCCAUCGAGCAUCUUCCUGUUGAAAGGCUGUCGAUCGGACCUCUCCAAAACCUGCUGAAGGGCUUUGAAACAGAUCUCGAAUUCAACACCAGCCAUACCAAAUCUCCAAUCUUAACCGAAACAGAUCUGGAGAGAUAUGCCUACCGUGUCGCAGGAACGGUUGCCGAAUCCGUCAUCCAGCUAACCGUCGCCCACGACCGCCUACAAGAUCUUGAUAAACACACGCACCAACAGACGAUCACCGCAGGCGCACUCAUGGGCCAAGCACUCCAAUACAUCAACAUCGCCCGAGACAUUCAACGCGAUGCAGAAAUCGGGCGCGUGUAUAUACCCACAACCUGGUUAGAGGCGAAAGGGCUCACACCAGCCAAGGUUCUGGAUUGUCCCACUCAACCACAAGUACAGAGCCUGAGGAUGAGACUGCUAGAUCAAGCGGAUGAGUGGUAUAGAAUGACAGAAGCGGCAAUCGGGAGGCUUCCAUUGGAGGCCCAAGGCCCCAUCCGCGUCACGGUGGAGAGUUAA